CAUACAAGAGCGGCCAUUUUUCUCCAACACUAACUGCUACUCCAGCGAAGAAAGAAAAUAAAUGUCCUGUCGGAAGUUUAUUUUAUUCUAGAUGUGGCCUUUAUGUGAAUUCACCUGAUUUGGAAGCCAAAAACAACGGGACACCAUGACCUAGUGAACUUCUACAGGAGCACAGUGGCACAGAGUGUCCUUCCCCUGCCUGGCCCUCUUCUCCUCUGACAGACUGCCAUCAGAGGUUUCUGCCAGUCCCACCCACUUGCUGUCAUAGUUUCCAGAAAGAGACCCUCGCCUCUCCCUACGCCUGAAGAGAUAUGGAGUCCCUAGAGAGUCUGGGAAUGGAGGGGGCCUCGGUCACAUUGGGGGUCCUGGUGCCGAGCCCACGGAGUGAAGCAGUAACCCAUGACUUGGAGGAACUGUCUCUGCUGCCCACUCAGAGCCUUCCACCCAUUAAAGAGCGCAAGAACGUGCUGCAGCUCAGACUACAGCAGAGGCGCACACGCGAGCAGCUGGCAGAGCAAGGCAUCAUGCCACCGUUGAAGACUCCUGCAGCUUUUCAUGAGCAGGUCAGAAGUCUGGAGAGGGCAAGGACUGAGAAUUUCCUGAAGCAUAAGAUUCACAGCAGACCUGACCGUGCUGAACUGGUUCGUAUGCACAUCCUGCAAGAAACCCAGGCGGAGCCUUCUUUGCAGGCCACUCAGAUGAAACUCAAAAGGGCACGUCUAGCCGAUGAUCUCAAUGAGAAGAUUGCACAGAGGCCUGGACCACUGGAACUGGUGGAGAAGAACAUACUUCCUGUUGACUCAAGUGUCAAAGAGGCCAUCAUUGUUGGAGAAGUGAACUACCCAAAGACACUGGACGUUUAUAACUUUGAUGAGGACAGUAGUGACGCUCUGUCUCCAGAGCAACCAGCUAGUCAGGAGUCUCAGGGCUCUGCAUCGUCCCCUAUAGAGGCCAGAAUGCCUGAUGCUUCCUCUGUAUCGCCUCCGACUGGCUCCAACCUGCAGUUCUGUCCACCUACAACCCAGUAUACAGACUUCCUGAGUAGAACAUCAGUAGAAGAUCAAGCAAACAGUCGUGUAAUGACUGCCACUCAGCCAGUCACUGCUGCAACUCCCACUAAACCCGGACCCACCCUUGUGAAGCAGAGCCAGUUCAAACAACCCAGUGACAAGAGCCGCAGCAAGAAGAGUAAAGAACCCAAACCGCGGGUUAAGAAGCUCAAAUAUCACCAGUACAUCCCGCCCGACCAGAAGCAGGAACCCAAUGAAGCCCCAAUGGACUCUUCAUAUGCCCGGCUGCUUCAACAACAGCAGCAGUUCCUGCAGCUCCAGAUCCUUAGCCAACAGCACUACAAUUACCAGGCAAUACUGCCGGCACCCCUCAAGCUUGUGGCUGAGAGUCAGAACAGCUGCCCUAACGUCACCCUAAACAACAGCCCGACUUCAAUUGUGGUGUCUCUGCCCAGCGCAGCCCCUUCACGUCCCAACAACACCUUGACCAUUCGUAAACCAGGAGCUCUACCUGCUAACCUAGAUGAGAUGAAGGUGGCUGAACUCAAGAUGGAGUUGAAGCUGCGUGGACUUCCUGUGUCAGGCACAAAAACAGACCUCAUAGAAAGGCUUAAAGCCUACCAGGAGAGCCUUCAACAUGCUACAGCCAUGGACACCAACAUCUCCAAAUCUUCUCUGCAACCUGACAGCAUGAGCAUAACUCCUCCCAUGUCACCAGAGAGGCUGGAGGUCUCUAGUGUCAGUAUGGAGGAAAGCAGGGACAGAACGACCAAAUCUCCAACCCACUCACCCAUCAAACCCAAACCUGAAGACGUGGCCAUGGAGAUCAAGGUGUCAGAGAAAGACCAACGCCUCCAUGAGAAGGAGCGUCAGAUUGAGGAGUUGAUGCGUAAACUGGAACAGGAGCAGCGACUGGUGGAGGAGCUGAAAAUGCAGUUGGAGGUGGAAAAGAGGAGCCAGCAGGGCAGAGGGCAGCAGCCAGAACCCAUAUCACCAGUCCAGAUCAAAGAGGAGAACAGUGCUGCCCCCAGCUGCGGCUCUGAGCAGAGUCCCUUGCCACAAACUACAGGUGUGAAACAGGAAAAACCACAUGCUCAGAUGCACCAAGUCCCGGUCAAGCAAUUCUAUAUGAACACCCAGCAAGUUCCCCAGACGCAGGCCCUGAUCAACACCCAAACUGCCACACAGAUCCUGCUGCCCAUCUCACUGCCUGCCAACAUCAGCCAGCCCAGCAACUCCAUCACCACACAGGCGCAGACCAUUCUCCAAGCAACAGUGCCCAAUCUGGCUCAAAGCCUCAUCCAAACACCAUUGCUGCAAACACAGACAUCCAACAAUCCAUCAGAACAACAUUCAAACCAGACACAGUCUGCAAAUCAAGUGUUGCCCUUGUGUGGAAGCUCCUCUUCUGGGUUUGAGUACAAGCAGAACCAGCACCAGCACCAGCCUAUGGCCGAGAUGCCCCAGUGCUUCCUCAAUAACUCACCCAGUGUCUCACCCAGACACACUCCAAAUGGACCCAUUAACAAACCUCCCUCGCCCUGUCAGCUCAACUAUAUCCUCCAGCCAUCCACAUUCCCCAAUCACCACAGCCCAAAGAGUAAAGACCCGCCCCGCUAUGAGGAAGCCGUCAAACAGACCCGCAGCCAGCAAGCCACAAUGCAGGUACCCACUGCUACCAGUCAGCACAUGGACGAUUUGUUUGACGUUUUGAUUGAGAGUGGAGAAAUUUCUCCACUGACCAGGCAGGAUCCCUUACUGGACAAACUUCUCCCAGUGACUGCUAACGUCACCACCCUGCCCAUCAACACGGUGCUGUCACGCCCUCCCCCACAGAUACACGUGGCCCGCACGCCCAACCAACCCCAAGUGCCUCCACCCAGCAUGGUGGCCCUGGCCUCAGAUAACCAGUUGGAGGCCCUGCUGGAAGACGCUGAGCCACGAACCCUACGACUAAUGGAGGAGCUGAAGAACCAACUGCUGGAGCCAAACUCCCCAAUGGACACUUCAGACCUGACCUUCACCGACACACCAACCUACGCAAUCCAUCUGCAGGACACCACCCUGGACAACAUGGAGUGGUUAAACCUGACGAUGCCCGGACCUGCUGGUAUCUCCUCUCCGGCUCCAGUCUUCUCCUCUGAUUUCUUGGACUCAUCUGAUCUACAGUUACACUGGGAGUGAGGACACAUGGGAAGGAGAUUAUGGAGCAUCAAAAUGUUCUGAAAAUAUAUGUGAAACUUGAGGGACCAUUAGCACCGAGGCACAGUGCACAGACACUGAAAACUGGCUUUGGUGAUUGAUUGUGCUCCCUGCAAUGUUCUGGGAACUUUAGUUUUUGGUUAUAAAAAACAAUAAGAACUGGUUCACAAAAAAAUAGCCAAACAGGAACCAUAUGCUAAAGUUAGGGGAACGUUCUGUGUUUCCUGGGUUAGACUUUGGUGAUCUUACGAGGACCAUUGAAUCAGGAGUGGUCCACUGUGCCCAAACCACAAUCUAAACAUACAGCAACCACUGAUAGCUUAGCAUCAGCUUUUCUCGUGUGCGCCUAUAAAUGCAGGCCUGUGUGCGGCAGUAUAUUAUUACCAACAUCUCUUUCAAGGCAGAAAAAGAAUGUAGAGACACUUGGACAUUUUUCAGCUAUGUAUUUAGGCAGUUUUGACUUUCUGAUUUUCAUAUUACGAAGCAGUCUUUAAAACAUUAGCUAUAUUAUAUAGAAAUGUUAAUGUUGUUUUCUAGAAUUUUUCCUGGUUUAAUUUCUUCGAACUGAGUUUUGGGGAAAGGUAGGAUUAUACAUACUGUACAUUAGUGUGCCUUCACUGUUUACAUUGCCCAGAAACACACUAGUUUUAGAAUUUGUUAAAGGGAUGGUUUACACAAAAAGGAAGAUUCUUUCAUUAUUUACUCCUCUUAAUAUCGUUCCAAACCCAUAUGACUUUCUGUCUUCUGCGGAACACAAAAGGAGAUAGUUUAAAGAUUGUUGUGAUCACUGAUUUCAGUACAAUAGCAUCUGAUAGUAACUCAGUUUAACAGAGUGAGUCAUCUAUGCAGUGCCCAAAUCAGAUAUGGCAACAUGUUAUACAGUGUUGCGUUAGUUACUCAAAAAGUCAAAUUACUAAUAACUUCUCUUAAAUUGUAAUCACAUUAUGAAUGAUUAUGUAAUUGAAAAGUAAUCACAUUACUAAUUAUUUUGAAGUUACUUUCUAAAACACGUCACAGAAAUGUUUUGAUUUUGAUGGCUAUAUUUCCUCUUCGUUGUCGCACACCCUUCAGCUGUCACAGAAAUGCAAACAGACGUACAUAUGAAUCAUAUUUUAAAUGUAUUUUACAUAUUAUUUUAGAAAUAUGUGUAACUCAAAUAAUGUACUUAAAAAGAAUUACCUUAAUUGAAAGUCUGUAACUGUAAUCUGAUUACAAGAAUUUAAAAUGUAAUGCAUUACACUACUUUUUGACUUAAAAGUAGAUUACAGUAACUAAUUACUUUGUAAUCAGAUUACACCCAACACUUUGUGUCAAUAACAUUGACUCUCAUUGGUUCUUGAGAAUCUCGUGACAUGAGGUUUGAUGUUACUUGCGUGUCGCCAUAUUUGAUUUGUGCUCUGUAUACAUGAGUUGAUCAGUGAUUUGAAAGUGACUAACAACUUAAAUUUUGGUCUAUUCAUCAUACAAAUUGACCAAAUGCUUUCAGAGGACUUGGAAUAUGAACUGCUUUUAUGACACCUCUGGGUGGGUUUUUAAGCUUUAAAGUUAGUCACUAUCAACUGCUGUUGUAUGGAAAUCGUUGAUCGUAACAAUCUUUGAAAUACCCCCUUUUGUAAUCUGCAGAAAAAGUCAUGAUUUUGAAACGACAUGAGGGUGAGUAAAUAAUGACAGAAUUUCCAUUUUAGGCUUAACUAUUUAUUUAACUAUGUGUAGAGUUUUCAAAUGUCAGACAUUCGUGAGGAAAACGUUGUGCCAUGGUAAUUGUUAGCCAUGUUACGUCGCCUUCGCUGAAUAAACCUGUCUAGUGGCUCUCAUUAGAUAAACCAUCAGUUAACCUUUGCUUAAGGGUACUCUAAAUUAUGGCAGCUAAAUAAUGGCACACAAGACAAAGAAGAGAAAUCUAUGGCAACCUGUUGUCUUCAAUUUGUAAAACAUUCAAAUUCAUUCAUGUCAGAUCACUUGCAACCGGUGUGUGGACAAGGUGAGGGAGUGAGUUUGUUUACCAAACCUGACACAGGGCCAAAGAGACACAAGAGAAUUAGAGGCAGGGAGACACACACAAACUUUGACCUAUACGGGUCUUAAUCAUACCACACAAACGAGUAGAGGUGAGUCUGCACAGGAUUUCGCUCAUACAGACCAGCUGAACUGGCAUUGUUGCAUGUAUUAUCUAGGGAACCGACACAAAACAGAACCCAGUGUAAUUUCCAUAUCCAGAUGUGAUUAGAAUGACAUCGGAGUGUCAUAGUGUCACUUAUUUACUAUAGUACAUCCCACAUUUGUUUCAGUAAAAGACUUUCUUUCUUCUGCUGAACACAAAUGAAGAUUUUUAGAAGAAUAUUUCAGCUCUGUUGGUCCAUACAAUGCAAGUGAAUGGAAGACCAGAAUUUUAAGCUCCUAAAAGCACAUAAAGGAAACAUAAAAUUAAUCCAUAUGACUCCAGUGUUUUACACCAUGUCUUAAGAAGUGACAUGAUAGGUGUGGGUAGGAAAAACAAUAUUUACAUAUUUUUUUUACUAUAAAUCUUCACUUUUACUUUCAGAAUGUGAAAAUAGAGAUUUAGAGUAAAAAAGGAAUUAAAUAUUGUUCUGUUUCUCACCCAAACAUAUAAUAUAGCUUCAGAAGACAUGGAUUAAAAACCUGGAGCUGUAUGGAUUGUUUUUAUGCUGCCUUUAUGUGCUUUUUGGAGCUGCAAAGUUCUGGUCACCAUUCACUUGCAUUGUAUGGACCUACAGAGCUGAAAUAUUAUUGUACAAAUCUUCGAGUUUAGCAGAAGAAAGUCAGUCAUACAGAUCUGGGAUUGCAUGAGGGUGAGUAAAUGAUGAGAGAAUUUACAUUUUUGGGUGAACUAUCCCUAUAAGGUGUGUUUUAUUUUUUUAUUUUUUUUAUGUGAAAAUGUAGCGACAUCUGCUGGAUAUUUUGAAAAAGACAGCUAAAUGAAUCUGUUUUCAGAUAUAUUACUCUCUGAAUUUGUUUUGUGCAAUGUUUGUCAGAUACAAUAGUAGACUUCUCCCUAGACUCUCAUAAAUGUUGCACUUACUUGACCUUUGACUGAGCAUUAACUCACUGACAAUCAGUUCCUUAUCCAAACACAUUGACCAAGCGAAAGAAUGUAUUUCUAGAUUUAGAAAUGUUAUUUCUAAAGGGAUAUCAUACUUCCGUCUCUACUGGAGACCAAAAGUUCUUAAUUAUUUAAACACACCAACUUACUGCAUUUAUGCAGAUCUCGCAUAUAGUUUAAACAUAAAUAUAUGGCUGCAUAAAUAUUUUUAGUGUGGAAAAAUGAUCCUGUCUGUUGCAGUCAAGGCUGUGGUGCAUAAAAUUCAUAUUUUAGAUGAGCUUGUAAAGAUGAUUAGGGAUGUGUAUAUAUUUUUUCGUCCUACAUGCCAAUCAAAUAAAUUGAUAUGUAAUGAAGAGCUAUAGUCUUUAAAAGACGAGUAGGGAAGUAUUUCAUAUCUUACUGACACUUUGGAGUAUCAAGUAGAUUGUAUGACUCAUAUUUUGCACCAUUUAUAUAUUGUUACAUUACAUAUAUUUUAUACAUACAUAUUUGUGCAACUGUAAAUAAUGUUUUGAGGUUAUCUUUGUACAUAUGUGUAUUGUAUAUACAGCCUUUUAUCAUUAAAAUGUUUCUGUAUU